AUGACCACAGCCUGGCCAUCGCACGAGAGCCGCGAUGCGGAACUGGAGGCCGUGCAGGACGGCGCCCCCGCCCCGCUCUCCGACGUGAUUCAGAAGAGAGAGGAGGGACCCGGUGUCACUGAGGUGCAUGAAGGCGAUAUCGGCAAGGGCAAGGGCGACAAAGGAGAUGAACGUGAUCAUGCCCAGAGAGAGGGGGAAGUGCCCGACGAGUCGGAUGACCCCUUCGUGAAGGAUGUUCUGCAGGAGUCUCAGCGGUCCUCGGCCCGCGCUCCGCCGUCGAAGCGCUUCACGUCGGGCUGGAUGCGCAUUCUGCACGGCUUUUGGCUGCUGGGCUUUGUGGCUUUCGGCGGCCCCAUUGCCCACCUCGGCAUGUUUGAGAGGGAAUUUGUGGAGAGGUCAGUCAGUUUCAAUUGGUUGGUCGACGUCGGCGCGUGCAGUGGUCAGUCACUUGGUUUAAACAAUGUCUGCAGGCGUGGUUGGCUGUCGAUGGAGGUCUUCACCGAGAUGAUCGCCCUCGGACAGUGCCUGCCCGGGCCAACCUCCACACAGGUGGUCAACUGACUGACUCGUGCACUGCACGGCUGCGUGUCUCUGCCUCUCUGGACGGCCAGUGCGCGGAUGGAUGGAUGGAUGUGUGACGACGCAGAUAGCAUUUGCCCUCGGGACCACACAAGAGGGGCUGCUGGGCGGCAUUCUCUCUGGAUGUCUCUUCCUCUUCCCCGGCUUUUUCCUGCAGAUCAUCGCAGGUAGGUCGGUCGGUCGGUCGACGGAUGAGACACACACACACUUUCGCACGCACCAGUCACCCCUUCUGCGUACCUGUGUGUGUGCGUGUGUAUAUGCGUGACACACAGGUGUUGGUGCGGCAGAGAUUCUGGAGAGGCCCUCGAUCUUCGUCCGAUGCCUCAAUGGAGGUAGGUGCGGGGGCAUUGGCUGGCUGGCUGGCGGCGAAUUCAGAACCAAGCGCAUAUAAUUGGAUAUGUGUGUGUGUAGGGCUGAGUGCGACAGGCAUAGCUCUCGUGUGGGCGGCUGCCGUGGGGCUGGGCAGGAAGACCAUGAAGGACAAAGUCACAAUCGUAUGUAGUCAGUCCAAGAAACACACACACACACAGACACACAACAGACACGAGCACCGCAGCUGUGCAUGUCUCAUGCACGAAUGUUGCAAUGCCUGCCUGCAGGCUUUGGGUGUGUUGUCGGCGGUGGUGUCGUAUUACCACGGCGAGCCCUACAUCUUCCCCACGCUCAUCGUCUUCGGCGGCCUCACCACCAUCGCCUUCCACACCUACAUGAAAACAGACCUCACCCUCAAAGACAAAGACCACGAGACGACAGUAAGUACUAGGCCUCCUCGACACACGGGGCGCAGAGAGCCCUCUCUCUCUCUCUCUCUCUCUAUUCUGUGGCCAUGUGCUGUGCGUGUGUCUGUCUGUCUGGAUGUGGGAUGUGUGUGUCAUCGCUGUGCACUGCAGGUGGGUCAGGGCAUCCCUAUGUGGCUCGGUGGGACGUUGAUCGCUGCGUGGCUGUCGGUGCUGCUGAUUGUGGUGGUCUGGCGGUCCCAGCUCGACUACGAAGACGCCAAAGCACUCUUCUGGUGUGCACUGCAGCAUGACACUCAUAUUCCCACUACCCAUCCAUCCAUCCAUCUGUAUCUCUGUGUGUGUGUGUGUGUGUCUGUGUGUGUCUGGUGAGGUUUGAGUCGUUUUACCGCACCGGGUCGAUGAUCUUCGGCGGCGGCCAAGUCGUGCUGCCUCUCAUACUUGAGUGAGGGAGCGCGUCAACCGAUACUUAAUGAGUGGAUUGCCGGACUGACGAGUGCCUGCCUUCCUGCAAUGUCUUGUCUUGUUUUGUCGUGUGGCCGGGACACACAGGGAGGUGAGCACGAGUUCCGAGUCCUGCUCAACGAUCGAUGGAAAGGUGGGGAGGGCAUCCGAUAAGCGGACGGACACAUCGCAUCGACCACAGCAUAUAUACGAUACGAUCGAUGGUGUCUCAUAUCUGUGUGUUCACAGACGGUGUGCGACACCGUCGUAGAGCCCACCAUCCGAGAGGGAGGACGCUCGUGGGUCAGCGAGGAGGAAUUCCUGGCCGGUUAGCAAGAUGCCUCUCUCCCUCCCUCCCUCCAUCUUGCACACAUCCGGAUGGUCGUCUGUCUGUCUGUCUGUCUCUUUCUGUGUGCCUGUGACUGGCAGGUCUGGCGAUAUCUCAGUCCUUCCCCGGGCCUCUUUUCAACUUCUCGUCUUACCUUGGGUGGCUCGUCGGCGAAUUCCCUGGCGCACUCCUCUGCUGGUACGAUGGGGCGGCCAUGGUAUCCGAUCCUCCCUCUUUGAUCGUCACUCGGCCUGUCCAUAUUGAUGCGAUUGAUUGAAGGCUCGGUCUGUUCUCUCCCGGUGUGAUACUGAUAUUCGGUCUGCUGCCGUUCUGGAAGCAACUGAGGAAGGCGUCCAUCUACCGCCGGGCGCUCCCCGGCCUCAAUGCGUCGGCCGCCGGGCUGGUCUUCGCGGCUUGUGCGUCCCUUUGCUUCAAGGUCAGUGAGUGAAUGAGUGAGUCGAAUGGCAUGUAUAUGGUGAGUGAGUGAGUGGGUGUGGACGGGCGGUGGUCAGGCGCUGGACAACUCGCCCUUUGUGCACACGUCGGUGUGCAUCGGCAUGAUCGGCUUUGCCCUCAUCUACGCCUACAAACUGUCGGCACCACUGGUCGUCAUCACAGGCAAGCAGCCAGGCAGAGACUAGAGACACGCAUCAUGAUGUCUCUCCCCUGCAUAUGGGUGUGUCGGUGUGUGUCCCACUCAGGUGGUAUUCUGGGCAUCAUUGGAUGGGCGACGGACAUGAGGUGACGCGAAGGACAAGCCAAGCUUCGAGCAGCCUUUAUUGAUGAUGCGUUGUGUGCGCUGCGCACAUGAUGGAUGGAGUGAGGACAUGCAAGACGCGCACAGUACCUGCAGAAGGAUAGAUGCGUUAUGAUUCAGUGCACACAGAUGGAUCAUGAACAACAAAGAAAC